UCCUAAAAAAGAUCAUAAGAUGUGAAAUCACUUUUUAUGAUUUAUCAGCAUGCCAUCCAAUGAGGAUUUCUCUGUGAGUAUUUUGGUGGGUGACACAGUCCUACCGGAAUACGUCCGUGGUGGGGUGUGUUAUGUAGAGUGUGAUUUCUUCUCCCCCUUCAGCUUUAAACAGAAAACAGAGGAAAGGGUUGGAGAUGAAAUAGAAACUCAGGAACAGCCAGUGACACCAUUUUCCAUUUGUAUAUCAGCAAAACCAGGACACAGAUCUUACCAUCAUUUCUACUACAGGGUGUUCAUUGACGGACAGAAAGUUACGUCACGGAGCAUUCAACAGGGAGAGAAUAAGCUUAUUAAAGGCUUUCGAGAUGGAAUUAUGGUGAAAGAAUUUUUAUUCUCAAUGCCCAGUCUAAAGCAAUCACAGUCUGAGGCUCCAUCACCAGAUCGUGUGGGGUGGAUCGAUGUGGAGUGUUGGGAUGCCACCUUAAAGACAACAAAGACAUCAGUCAGAAAUCGCAAACUGGACUUUACCUCCGGCUCCAAAAAGGACAGCAUGAGAAUCACACAAGGCAAGUACCUGAUGACCACUACAAAGGCAGGCCGUGUCUUGCAGCUCAAGAACGCAUAUCGUUCCACAGACUACUGGGAUCUUCAUUCCCUCCGAAGUAAACUCUCCAUCAAAUACGUCACUGCUCAGGACCUGAGGGACAUGGGUAUAGCGGUGGUCCCUAUUCCCUACCCCUCACAUCUCCGCCACAGUCAAGGGAGGGAUCUGGGAGGACAGAGUGUUGAUUUAUCUCAAGGACUUGCCGGAACAGCUUACGACUCACAAGGAAGUAACGGAAAAGAGACCGGUGAAGAAAAAAUAAUUGUGGAUUCAAACAUUGUGACACUGGAUGGGAAUAAUGAUCCGGGAAUUUCAGAUAGGGUUAAGGAAGAUGUGGAAGUGAUGUCUCAGAGCAGUGGUUCUUCAGUUGAGAAUGUGAAAGUGAAGAAAGAGGCCACAUUUUUGGGAACAGACAUUGUGAUUGAUCUGUGUGAUUUAGACGAUCAUGAAGAUUUGACAACCAGCAAGGUUAUUGUGUUAGAUUGAAAAAUAAUUUAACACUGGUGUUAAUAGCAGACUCUGGAAUGACACAGAAUGUACAUGGACAAAGUGUUGCGUUGAACAAUAGUGUCAUAUUUUUUGGUUACAAAAAAUUCCAGUGUUGAUCUGGGUGACUUUGACAAUUAAUGAAGAUAGUUUGACUAUGGACAAUUAUUGUUUUAGCUGUUUAGACCGAAAAAGUAUUCACUGACAGUUGUUUUCAGACUCAAGAAAGUUACCAAAUGUCAAUGGAGAAAGUAUUGCAAUGACCCCGAUGAUGAAGAUUGUAAAUUAUACUUGUACUUAUGUUGCAAAUAAUUGUGUUUUGAGUUCAUGUCCAUUUGGACAAAGCAAUAUUUUUCACUAUGAUCCAGUGCAAAGUGAUGGAUCAGACUUGCAUGAUAAUUUUGUUGAGGAUUUUAUUUUUCAUCAUUUGAUACACAUAUUUUCCUGUAUUUGACAGCCAUUUUUUGUAUAAUU